CUCUCUCAACUCACAACUCAUCUUCUCAAAACCAAAACCACCACAGUCCACACCAGUCUCUUGUCAUCAGUUGUCACCACCAUGGAUAAUAGAGGAGGAUACAAGCCUCAUGCCAUUCUCAUCACUGGUGGUGCUGGCUUCAUUGCUUCCCAUGUAACAAAUCGUCUGGUCAAGAACCAUCCUGACUACAAGAUUGUGGUUCUUGACAAGCUCGAUUACUGCUCAAGCAUACGCAACCUCUUACCAGCUCGUUCCUCACCCAACUUUAAGUUUGUGAAGGGAGACAUUACCAGUCCCGAUCUCGUAAACUAUCUCCUCAUUGCUGAGGGGAUUGACACCAUUAUGCACUUUGCUGCACAAACCCAUGUCGACAACUCCUUCGGCAACUCUUUUGAGUUCACCAAAAACAAUAUCUAUGGAACUCAUGUUCUAUUAGAAGCUUGCAAGGCUGCAAGGCCAAAGGUGAAAAGAUUCAUCCAUGUCAGUACAGACGAGGUUUAUGGUGAGACAGAAGCUGAUGCUAUUGCUGGCAACCUUGAAGCAUCUCAGCUCCUCCCAACAAACCCAUACUCUGCUACUAAAGCUGGUGCUGAGAUGCUUGUCAUGGCCUAUGCAAGGUCAUAUGGCCUUCCUGUUGUCACCACGCGUGGUAACAAUGUUUAUGGCCCGAACCAAUUUCCUGAGAAGCUUAUUCCUAAAUUGCUGCUCUUGGCCAUGCGAGGCCAGAAGCUACCAAUACAUGGAGAUGGCUCAAAUGUACGCAGUUACCUCUACUGUGAAGAUGUUGCAGAGGCGUUUGAUGUUGUCCUCCAUAACGGCCAAGUGGGCAAUGUCUAUAACAUUGGAACUACAAGGGAGACAAGAGUCAUAGAUGUAGCACAGAACAUCUGUGAUCUCUUCAAUUUGGACUCCAACAAAGCCAUCACCUUCGUUGAAAACCGCCCUUUCAACGACCAGCGUUACUUCCUUGACACAAAGAAGCUUAGUGUUCUUGGUUGGUCAGAGAAGACAUCAUGGGAAGAAGGCCUCAGGAAAACCAAAGAAUGGUACAUUGCAUACUCCGAUUGGUGGGGGGAUGUCUCCGGCGCCCUCGUUCCACAUCCCAGAAUGCUUGCCUUGUCUGGUGCUGAGAGAAAGCAGGACAUCAGUGCAGAUCAGGUAAAGGUUUCUGGUACUAAUUAUGAAAAAAUCUCACCCAUGAACUCAACUGUUACUAAAAAGAAACUCAAGUUCUUGAUCUAUGGAAAAACUGGCUGGAUUGGUGGGUUGUUGGGUGAGAUCUGCAGAGAGCAAGGAAUUGAGUUUGCAUAUGGAAAUGGAAGAUUGGAGAACAGGGACCAGAUUGAGAGUGAUCUGAAGACAAUUAGGCCUACUCAUGUCUUGAAUGCUGCUGGUGUUACUGGUAGACCUAAUGUAGACUGGUGUGAAUCACAUCGGACCGAGACGAUCAAAACCAAUGUGGUUGGGACCUUAACUCUUGCUGAUGUCUGCAAGUCUCAUGGCCUUCUGCUUGUAAUUUUUGCCACUGGCUGCAUAUUUGAGUAUGACAAGAAGCAUCCAGAGGGAAGUGGGAUUGGAUUCAAGGAAGAUGACAAACCCAAUUUCAUUGGAUCUUUCUAUUCAAAAACCAAAGCCAUGGUUGAAGAUCUAUUGAGCAAUUAUGAUAAUGUAUGUACCCUAAGGGUUAGAAUGCCAAUCUCCUCUGACCUCAGCAAUCCAAGAAACUUCAUCACCAAGAUCACCCGUUACGACAAAGUCGUAAACAUUCCGAACAGCAUGACUGUCUUGGAUGAACUCCUUCCAAUCUCAAUUGAGAUGGCAAAGAGAAAUCUGACCGGAAUAUGGAAUUUUACAAAUCCUGGGGUAGUUAGCCACAACGAAAUCCUCGAGAUGUACAGGGAUUAUGUAGAUCUUAACUUUAAAUGGACAAAUUUCACGCUCGAGGAGCAGGCAAAGGUGAUUGUUGCCCCACGAAGUAACAACGAACUUGAUGCCUCUAAGCUUAAGAAAGAGUUUCCGGAGAUGUUGCCAAUUAAAGAGUCAAUCUUGAAGUAUGUUUUCAUUCCAAGGAAGAAGGGAAACUUAGUUUAGAAAAAAAUGGGUGUAAUGUUCUUGAUCAAGUAGCUGCAAGGGUGAUCCAUUGGUCACAGCUUUCUAUUUUUUU